GGCCGUGAACGGGGAGAGACAGGUUGGAAAAAAAAUACCCAUGCUCUGCCCCAGACUAUUGUGAAUCGGGUAAAACCCGCCCCAAAUAGGUAGGAAAGAAUCGGAUUGUGCGAGUUAGAUUAGAAAUUGCCAUCACUAUCGGUGGGUUGGACCUGUUUGCUCAGUAGGGUUGGUUGAGGGGGGUCAGGUGAAGGAGUUGGUUCUGUCAUAUGAUGUUUUUUUACUAUUAUUUUUGUUGGUUGAACCAGCAAGCUAAUUAGGUCAAUUGAAUGGAAAACAACCAUUUGCAUUAUUCCAUAAUAAUAAUUGUCUCGUUAAACCCUUUUUAUUAUUUGACAAUUACCCUAACGACUAGAGUUAUAAUAAGAUGCUGGCAAGCUCAAGGCAUCGAAGCCCCAACUUCCAACUGUAUCCGUACGAUGGAGACGAUAGAAAAGAUCCGCGUACACAACACGGGGUAACAUAGGCAAAAAGGAUUUGCUCGAAACGCCAUUAGCCCAUUUGCAUUGCCAUCGGCCAGUGCCUCUCUUUCUGUCGCUCGCUCGCUCGCUCGCCUGGAAAAGGUUGUCUCUCUGAUCCUCGCUGUCUUAUACCUCUCUUCCCUUUUUUCCCCACCAUCUCAACUUCAUUUCCUGUUCUGAUGAUUCUGUGCUGACUUUGAGAAAGGAUUUCUGACUCUCUAUCUCUCUUCUGCUCGCUCUUUGUGUUUGGCGAAUUUGUAGCUGUGAGGAGAAAGAGCGAUGGCGGCGCCACCAGCAAGGGCUCGUGCUGAUUAUGAUUACUUGAUUAAGCUUCUCUUGAUUGGUGAUAGCGGUGUGGGGAAGAGUUGUCUGCUUUUGCGUUUUUCAGAUGGUUCCUUCACAACAAGUUUUAUUACUACUAUUGGAAUUGACUUCAAGAUAAGAACCAUUGAGCUCGAUGGGAAAAGAAUUAAAUUGCAAAUUUGGGAUACAGCAGGUCAGGAGCGGUUCCGAACCAUCACAACAGCUUAUUACCGUGGAGCCAUGGGAAUUUUGCUGGUGUAUGAUGUCACUGAUGAAUCAUCUUUUAACAAUAUUAAGAACUGGAUCCGCAACAUAGAACAACAUGCUUCUGACAAUGUCAACAAAAUACUGGUGGGAAACAAGGCAGAUAUGGAUGAAAGUAAACGGGCUGUUCCUACUUCCAAAGGCCAAGCUCUUGCUGACGAGUAUGGCAUGAAGUUUUUUGAAACUAGUGCAAAGACAAACUUGAACGUGGAGGAAGUUUUCUUUUCCAUUGGAAGAGAUAUCAAGCAAAGGCUUUCAGAAUCUGAUACCAAGUCCGAGCCUCAAACAAUCAAGAUCAACCAACCCGACAAUUCUGCUGGUGGUGCGCAAGCUGGACAAAAGUCAGCUUGCUGUGGUUCAUAGUCCAGCCAAUCGUCACAUGGUGAUGGCACGUUGAUGAUCGAUCUCAGAGUGACAUCAUCUACUGAGGGGGUGUAAGAUUAAUUAUAGUUAACAUCCUUCCUUCUUGGUGCAGGUAACUGUGCCUUUAUGUUAUUUUUACAAGAUUUCAACCAGGUUUAGCAAUUUCAGGGUAGUCGCUCCCUCUGUUAUUUCCCUAAUCCGUGGAACCUAAGAAACAGCUGGAUCCUUUUUCUUAGUAUGUCAUUUUGGUUUUGGGUGCUUGAACGAACUCGUCGACUCGAUGACUUUCGAUGUGGAUAGAUAAACUGGAAUUGCUAGUUAACCUCUGUAAUGACCAAAUCCCAUGUUGGGGAGUUAUCAUAAUAGUGUUUUUGCUUUUUCUUGAAAAAGAAGCUUCUGUGGAUUGAAUGAAGCUAGCUGCAUGCUUUGUUGAACGGUCUUGGCGUGUACACAAGGCAUGAAGCAUAGCGCUUAGUUUUUGUGUGUUGCAUAAGGUUUCCCGUCUGCUCGACCUUUGAAUGAAAUUCAACACGGUGCAAGCCACGGAGGGGUCGUUUGCUUGUUGGAUUUUAUAAAAUGAGGGAUUCGAGUAAAACCUUGGACUUUGAGAAUAAAGGAUUAUGUUGGAU